AUGUCGGUCGACAAGGCCAUUACAUGCGACCAGUGCCGGACGCGCAAGGUGCGCUGCAAUCCCGAGUUGGGGGCCUGUAGGAAUUGCACGCGGCGUAGCGAAAAGUGCACGUUUGAGUACACGCCCAAGAAGCCUGGGCGACCGAGAGCACCAACAGCGCAGAAGAGGCGGCGAACGGACUCUUGUUCAGUGUCACCACUAUCCUCGGAGACUCCUAUGACCAUAACACCAGCCCUACCACCUGCACUCAACGCCACAGCAGUCAUGCCCUCUCCACACGACCAACUACUCUCACCUGGGCCCGUGUCCAGGAGUAUCUUUGGGAGCGCGCGGCAUACGCUACAGGCGCUCGAGUUUGACUACACUCUUCCAGUGUGGACACGACAGCACACCCCAGAGCUGGACUUGGACGCGCUCGCCCCACUCACCGAUACACUGGCAAUGGACCCGGCACUGACGGUCAAGUCUCUCGAGGAGUACUCCCCUUCAACAACGAUUGCGGACCUGGUCGCUGCUAGUGAGUCCGCGCCGGCCUCCGAGACCAUCGACAUCCGACGCAUAGAGAACUUUGCGAGCUGGGACGAGAUCGGCUUCUUCCUGUCCCUCCACAUGAAGCACCAGCACAUGCUCGUGCCACUCGUACACCGGCCAAGCUUUGCUCAGGACGUCUUGCACCGCCGUGACGAGGAGGACGAGGCGUUCCGCGGUCUCCUUCUCAGUAUGGUCGCCUACACCAUCGCCCAGUGCCCCAUCAACUGGUUGCUGGGGCGUAUGGGCCGGCGCGAGCUGGAGUCACUGCUGGAGCGGUGCCAGCGUGGAUCGCGCCUCAUCCUGAUUCGACACCAUACCCGGCCGUCGCUUAUCAUCAUGGCGAGUACCAUCCUCGAUUGCAUCACGUCGCAGUCUGCCGCGCCUGCCGAGGUGGCCGCAAACCUCAUGACCGACGUGCGGCGGCUAAUCUACUCCCUGAAUCUGAAUCGGGAGGUGCCGCGCGAGGGGCUCACGCCCCUCGAGCUCGACAUCGGCCGGAGACUGUUCUGGGAGGCGUACGCGAUCGACAAGACCAACGCACUCAACGGCCACCCGAUCCAGCUGCUCGACAUGGACGGCACGCCGCCGCUCCCCCUCGAGAUCGACGACGAGUACCUCUCCCCACAUGCGGCUGGUGAACAACCCGAAGACCGGCUGAGCUAUAUGGCUGGCUUCCUCGCCAUCUCGCGACUGUUCAAAGUCCUAAGCGCCUGCCUCGUGCGCCAUCGCACCCUGCUCAACGAUCCGGACUCGGCGUUCCCACCCGAGGCGCAGUGCACCUUUGUCGACCGCAGCUUGGAGUACGUCCGCGCCCUGCGGGCGGACAUGCCGCCAGCGCUGCAGCCCGACAACGCAAGCGCGGACACGGUGCUUGGCACGCAGGCUGCAAACGUGUAUAUUACGGCGCUGUGCAUCGAGCUCGCGUUGCUGGACCUGCGCGCCAAAGUCGCGGACGACGAUGGGAGCCGGCACGAGAUUGCGCAGACCGUAUUCCAGCAGCUCGAGGGGAUGCCGCUCGAGUGCCUGGCCAGCAACGGCGAGAGCAUGCGCGGCAAGGUGUUCCGCGUCAUCCUCGCGCUACUGAACGCGACACCCGAGGGCGCCCUCGGCGACGGCCUGUGGGACUGGUGGAACAUGUACUCGCGGGUGCAGUUCAUCCAGCUGAUGCCUGAGGUGAACAGGGCUCCAAAGAAGCAGAAGGCCCAGAAGAUGGCUCUCUCCGAGUUCUUCUCGGAGACUGGCGGCGUCACCUCAUGGGCCGACGAGAUGGAGACUCUCCCCACUGCGCCCGCCGCGCGUGACCCUCUCGCAGCCCCCCGUCGCGGCGAGCCUGGAUACCUCGACAGCAUGCCGGACCGCGGUGCCGGUGCGCGCUUCGGCGGGCCCCAGCGCGAGGAGCUUCCCCUCCCCACCAUUCCGCCCUUCACGGCCUUUAUCGGUAACCUCACCUUUGAGACUGAGGAUGAUCAGCUGCGCGAGUUCUUCGCCGACAUUGCACCCCUAUCGGUCCGUCUCGUCAAGGACCUUCCGACGGGCAAGAGCAAGGGCUUUGGAUACGUCGAGUUUUCGUCGCAGGCCGACCUCAAGGCUGCGCUUGACCGCUCGGGGGCUAACCUUGCCGGCCGCUCGAUUCGUGUCAACGUCGCUGACGCACCCGCCUCGCGCUCCGGCCGCGACUAUGCUCCCUCGGUCGCCGACGAGUCCAACUCGUGGCGCCGCGUCACCCCGCUCCCAGCGCGUGACCCUCCCCGCCGCACGUUCUCUGGCGUCUCCUCCGCUGCCGGCAGCGAAGACCGUGACUGGGGCGCCGCUCGCGGCGCAAAGUUCGUCCCGUCCUCGCGCGAGAGCUCGGGCUACGGCCGUCCCCGCGACGUCGAGCCCAUGCACUCAUCCGCUGCCGAUGACGCUGGCCAGUGGCGCUCGACGCGCCCCCUCGUCAACGCUGCACCUGAGCGUGGCGCUGGUGGCCCCGGUGGCCGCGACGCUCCUCCCCAUCGCCCUACCGGCCUUGCCGACACCGAGUCGACUUGGUCGCGCGGUACUCGUGUUCCCCAGAAUGCUGCGCCGGCCGAGCCGACCCGCCAGCGCCUGAAGCUUGCCCCUCGCUCCUCCGCCCCCUCGGGUGCCAACUCGCCCGAGGCUACGCCGUCCAAGGCGAACCCCUUUGGCGCAGCGCGUCCGGUCGACACGCACACGCGCGAGGUCGAGGCUGAGCAGCACGCCGAGCAGCGUCGCAGGGAAGCGGCGGCCGCCAAGGCCAAGCCCCCCGCGCCCAAGGUGGAGAAGGAGGAGCGUCGCCCGGUUCGUGUACACCCGUCUCGCAUGCCGCAGAAGGAGGUUGCGCAGGCGGACGAGGACGGGUUCGAGGCUGUCGGGCCCCGCGGUAAGACUGCGCCUACCGAGGAGAGCAAGCCUGCGGCCAAGCCGGUCACGACCAAGACGGGCUUUAGCUUCGCCGCGGCUGCGGGGAAGGUUGAUGUCGACGUUGAUGACGUCGCUGACAAGGUUGCGGACGUGUCCGUUUAG